AUGGCUACACAUGAAGAAUUUAUUAGGACCCAAGUGUUUGGGACGGUUUUCGAAAUUACCAACAGGUACACGGAUCUAAAUCCUGUUGGUAUGGGGGCAUUUGGUCUGGUAUGCUCAGCAACAGAUACCUUGGCGGGGCAACCAGUAGCUAUCAAAAAAAUAAUGAAACCAUUCUCUACCGCAGUAUUGGCUAAACGUACUUACAGAGAGCUGAAAUUAUUAAAACAUUUAAGACAUGAAAAUUUGAUUUGCUUACAAGAUAUCUUCUUAUCUCCACUCGAAGAUAUCUAUUUCGUUACAGAAUUACAAGGUACAGAUUUGCAUCGUCUUCUACAAACGAGACCAUUGGAAAAACAAUUUGUUCAAUAUUUUCUGUACCAAAUUCUUAGAGGAUUAAAGUAUGUGCAUUCGGCAGGUGUAAUUCAUAGGGAUCUCAAACCUAGUAACAUACUUAUAAACGAGAACUGCGAUCUAAAGAUAUGUGAUUUCGGAUUAGCUAGAAUUCAGGAUCCUCAAAUGACAGGGUACGUUUCGACUAGGUACUAUAGAGCACCUGAGAUUAUGUUAACGUGGCAAAAGUAUGAUGUUGAAGUUGAUAUUUGGUCCGCGGGUUGUAUUUUUUCGGAAAUGAUAGAGGGUAAACCAUUAUUCCCUGGUAAAGAUCACGUCCAUCAAUUUUCGAUUAUUACAGAUUUAUUGGGCUCACCUCCAAGGGAUGUUAUAAAUACCAUAUGUUCGGAGAAUACUUUGAAAUUUGUUACGUCUUUGCCACACAGAGAUCCAGUUCCAUUCCAAGAAAGGUUCAAGACUGUGGAACCCGAUGCAGUAGAUCUAUUAGAACGUAUGUUAGUAUUCGAUCCUAAGAAGAGGAUUACAGCAGCUGAUGCAUUAGUACAUCCAUAUUUAGCACCUUAUCACGAUCCAACUGAUGAACCAACUGCCGAAGCCCAGUUCGAUUGGGAUUUCAAUGAUGCAGAUCUGCCUGUUGAUACUUGGCGUGUAAUGAUGUAUUCAGAAAUUCUAGAUUUCCAUAAAAUUGGUGGUGGUGAUGGUCAAAUUGAUACGAAUGCGGCAUUCGAUGAUCAAGUUGCAGCUGCUACUGCUGCAGCUGCUCAUGCUGCAGCUAUGGCUCAACACCAUCAUCAAACUCAACAACAAUCAUCCGGCAAACAUACAAAUCCAACUACUUCAUCAUCGGCCGCUACGCAUAACAGUAACGGUCCCCAUAGCAAUCACGAUGCCAUCGCUAAUUAUGGUAAUCAAGCGGUUCACUACGCUAAUGAAUUCCAACAGUAG